AUGCAGUUAACCCCUAUCAAAGUCAGAGGCAAGCGUGGCAAAGCCCCUUCGUCAAAGACACCAGUCAAACAACCGGCGCAGAAACGGACUUCACGGCUUUCGAGUCGCUUGACAUCCAAGCGCAAGUCGCUCCUGGAGCGACAACUGCCUCUCGAAAUUAUCGAGCGCAUCUUUGUCCUCAGCGAGAACCUCAACUUCCCCCGUUGUAGCCCCCUCGUCGGUCGUCUACUCUCUGGGAGAUCCACUCUCGUCAACCUCCUCAUCGCGGCAUUCCAUCCUACUUGGGACUGUUGGUUUGGUGUUCACAGGCGGCUGGUAAAGACGGCCUUGAAGCGUGGCGCCACAGAAGACUUGAGCAGAGUUUGGCGACAUGAGAGCUUUCCCGAGUUCUUUCCAGGAGAUCCAGAUUUACAGUCUUCUGUGUUAGCAUCCCAUUGGGUUAAUGUGGACAUUGUAUUCGACGCCCGGCAGGUCUGGGCCUGGCGCUUCGCUCGCAACAGGUGGUAUUCACAUUCUCACGUUGGUCCAAAAGACGAGGAGACAGACCAGGUCAGCUCCUUAGACUCGCCUCACGACCGAGUUGGCGGUUUUGGUCACUUUGAUUCGAGGGGCUGCUUCGACUAUGACUGGCUCGCGUACGGGCUCAACGGCUCAAAACCCGCUCUCGACUUUUAUGUCGAUGUGCACCCAAAGACAAUUAUCCCCGAUGGCCUCAUUACGGGGCCAUGGACGCCAGAGCAGCAGAAACUUCUCUUUUGGCUUCGGAGAGGUGGCGCAAAGAUUCAAGCUGAACAUCAGACCUGGGAGGCAAACAAGCAGACUCUGCGGGUUGGUCUUCAGAACGCUGUUACCCACCGGAAUCCAGGAAAUCUGGACGGACGUCUGAUGCAUAUGCUACUCCUGCUGGACGAUUUCUUCCCCUCGCAAGGGCUCGAGGAUAACCUGUCUCUCUGGCCGCUAGAUGUCUUGGAGGAGGAACAUGCCAAAGUGGUCACACUGCUUGAGGCCAGGAAACGCAGCAAGGCCGGCCCCCUGUCCGAGCUCGUCCAACUUGAGAAGCGCAUGGUUGACUACCACCGACGCGAAGUCGAUCUCCUCACGUCGAGACUGAGUCGAAAUGAACGUCUAGCGCCGCACUCGAUGCUGGCUGGUGGUUUCAUGCCUCGUUAA